CUAACUCGUGGAAAGGACGAACAAUCCCAUGCCCGGUAUCCGGGCCCUUCCGGCCCCUCGAAUCGCCCGACAAUGCGUCUUGUCAUACUUACAUAGGUACAUAUUGGUAGAUGCUUCCCCUCAUUCAACAAAACAGCUCCAGCCAGCUCUUCACCUUGGACUCUCUUACUUAUUCACAUCACUUCUCGCUGUCCUUGCUUAUAUCCUGCUGCUCCGAUACCUACACCUACACACGCCAUCCUCUUAACACAAUACUCGUAAUAUACCCCAUCAACACAUCGCAAACAAGCCAGACCGGGUCUGACAACCUACCGCAACACACGAGAUUACACGAGAACUUCCACAUAACCCACCCAAAAACAUGUCAGACAUCCGGACACAGAGUCUGCAGAAGCCCGUGACAGUGGCCGAGUAUCUCUUUAGAAGAUUGCAUCAAAUCGGCAUCCGCUCAGUCCACGGCCUGCCAGGAGACUUCAACCUGGUUGCUCUCGACUACGUUCCUAAAGCCGGGUUGAAAUGGGUUGGUAGCGUGAACGAGCUCAACGCUGCCUAUGCCGCCGACGGCUACGCCCGUGCCAAGGGUAUCUCUGCCCUUGUAACCACCUUCGGUGUUGGCGAACUAUCCGCCAUCAACGGUGUUGCCGGUGCUUACUCUGAGCAUGUCCCUAUCGUCCAUAUCGUCGGCUGCCCUUCGACCAUCUCCCAGCGCAAUGGCAUGCUUCUACACCAUACCCUCGGUAACGGUGACUUCCACGUUUUUGCCAAUAUGAGCGAAAAUAUCUCUUGCGACGUUGCCAAGCUAGUUAAACCUAGUGAGAUCGCCUACCAGAUUGACCAUGCGAUCCGGGAGUGCUGGAUCCGCAGCCGGCCCGUGUACAUUUGGUUACCUACCGACAUGGUUGAGAAGAAGAUCGAGGGCGCUAGAUUGGACACAGAGAUUGAUCUCUCCGAGCCGGAGAAUGAUCCCGACAGAGAGGACUAUGUCGUCGAUGUGGUCCUCAGAUACCUCCAUGGAGCCAAAAAUCCGGUGGUCCUGGUCGACGCAUGCGCAAUUCGCCAUAGGGUUACUGAAGAAGUCAAACGGUUCAUUGAAAAGACCAAGCUUCCCGUGUUUGUUACACCCAUGGGCAAGGGUGCCUUCGACGAAACGUCCGAGCACUACGGUGGUGUCUAUGCUGGCACCGGCUCUCUUCCCGAAGUUGCUAAGCGCGUUGAGGGUUCUGAUUUGGUUUUGUCUAUUGGCGCGAUCAAAAGUGACUUCAACACUGCUGGCUUCUCGUAUCACACCUCACAACUGAAUACCAUCGAUUUGCAUAGCGACCAUUGCACUGUGCGCUACUCCGAGUAUCCCGGUGUUGCAAUGAGGGGUGUGCUCCGGAAGGUCACUGAGCGCAUCGACAUGUCCAAGCUCUCGAUAACCCCUUCUCCCCCGGUCGAGAAUGCUGUAGCUGAGAACAGGGAUGACUCGCAGGCCAUCACCCAGGCGUGGUUCUGGCCAAGAGUAGGCGAGUACUUCCAGGAAGGAGAUGUCGUUGUUACCGAAACGGGCACAGCCAACUUCGGCAUCUGGGAAAGCAGAUUCCCCAAGGACGUCAUGGGGGUGACGCAGGUACUAUGGGGAAGUAUCGGCUGGUCGGUAGGCGCUGCCCAGGGCGCGGCACUGGCAGUGAAGGAUCUUGAACAAGAUAGGCGAACAAUCUUGUUCGUGGGUGAUGGCAGUUUUCAACUGACUUGCCAGGAAGUCAGCACGAUGCUGAAACAUAACUUGAGGGUCACCAUGCUACACUAUCGAACGUUACAUCCAUGGUAUGGACGCGGAUUACAACGAUAUCACCCGCUGGAACUAUACCGAUAUCCCCGCGGUCUUUGGCGCCAAGGAAGGCCAGUCUCAGAAGUUCGUCAUCAAGACAAAGGAUGAGUUGGAGAGGCUCCUCAAAGACAAAGAUUUCAACGAGUAUAAAGGCCUGCAGUUUGUAGAGUUGUGGAUGCCAAAGGAUGAUGCGCCGCGGGCGUUGAAGCUCACGGCUGAAAUUUCGGCGAGGACCAACUCUAGGAUUGAGGAUGAGCAGUGAGAGGCAAUAGCAUGAACUGCACACAUGUCCUGCUGUGGAGAGGGGUUUAUGAACUUAUAACGAAGUGGAAUACGGUAGCGGGUUUGGGUUACCAUGAUGAGGUUAUGCUAUCAUGAUUAUAGAGAGAAACUUUCAUCCAUGGAUUGAAGUUAGAGAAACGAGAAAAUACGUUAGGGGUAC